AUGGAUGGAGCUUUGGGGAAUCUGGGUUCGGGUUCGGAACAAAUAUUCUCUCUGUUUUCCUGUUAUAUACAUUCAAUUUUUCUUGAAUUUCUCUUAACAAUGGAGAAACUAGUGGCGGUUUCGGAGCAAGAAGUGCUUAUAAACUUCGUUUUAAACACUAAAUGCCGUGCUAACAUACGCCUCAUUUCACUCUGCUCCACCAAUCCAAUUGCCUUCAAGGUUCAAACCUCUUCUCCUCACAAGUUCCUGGUUAACCCACCAACUGGAAUCGUUCAUCCUUUAUCCCAGACCACUCUCCAAAUCAUACUCAAACCUCAAGACCAACUCCCACCCACUUUCCCACGCUCUCCCUCCGAUCGUUUCCUCAUUAAAACAGCUCUCUUCAAUUCUGCCGGCUCACUCAACUCGUUCUUCUUGACUCUCCCUGAUGGGUCGACUGAGGAUGUUAAACUUAAGGUUGCCUUUGUCGGUCCCUUUCUUUUGAAGCAUGCAGUCAGUUGUGGAGACAUUGGCGCUGUGAAGAAUAUAAUCAAGCGGCAAAAGUCAAUUGUUGCUGAAUUGCCGAAACAAGAAACUGAGUCACUCUUCCGAGUGGCAACCAAGCUGUCUAACUCGGAGGAUAUGGUUAGCUUGCUGCUCCAGACUGGAUUGAAGAUUGACACACGUGUGAAUUUAAAUGACACGAGUGAUUACUUAAAAGGCUGGAGUGAGCUACACGUGGCAGUGGCGUUUGAUCGGACGGAGGACGUUUUAAGUCUGCUGAAAACGCAGAAAUAUGAUUUGUUGGAUUGUCGGGACAAGGAGGGGAGGACGCCGUUACAUUUGGCGGUGAGUAAGGGAAAUAUCAGGUGUGCUAAGUUGUUGCUUGAAUCCGGUGCAAACAAGGAUGCUAAGAGUAAAGACGGCAGGACUGCCUUGAAUAUUGCAGCAGCUAAUGGUGACCGUCGUAUGGCGGAAGUGCUAAUUGAAAUGGGUGCAGACCCCACAAUCAUGGAUGAUCGUGGCCGUUCCUGUUUCGACGUUGCCCGUCAUAAGGGACAGGUUGAAGUUAUGGAGAUUUUGGAACGUGGAGAAGCAAUAUUAAUGGCGGCAAGACGAGGGGAUUUGGAUCGACUUGAAGCAUUACUAGAUAAAGGAGCCACUAUGAACUACGAAGAUCAGUAUGGCUUGAGAGCUCUCCACGUAGCAGCCAUCAAAGGGUACAAACAUGUAGUGCUGAUGCUGAUCGAAUUCGGGGCAAAUUUGGGGUGCCACGACCAUGAGGGCCACGAACCGCUGCACCUCGCCGUGGAGGGUGGCAGCUUAGAUACAGUUGAGGUGUUGCUUGACAAUGGAGCCAAUGUUGAUGCCAAAAGCAGAAGCGGCGCCACCCCUCUUUACAUGGCUCAAGCUCUGGGCUUCGACGCUAUCUCGCAGCUGCUUAUUAACAGGGGAGCCUCUGCCUCCGGCUACGGCGGCGUUUCGUGUAAAUAACUUGCUACAUUUUUCAGAGAUUUUGAUUCAAAUUUGUAAAAUUUUUAACUUGUUUAUAUUGGGAUUCUGUUAAAACUUUUACAUCACUGUACGAACUAACUGUUUAAUAACCGUACCGUACAGUGAAGGAAGUGGAUAUAUAAAGCACUCCACAUUUGAAGUUUAAA